AUGUCGACCGUGAGAUACUUCAACGAUGUUCCCCAUAUCGUCCGAUAUGGCAUGCGCGAUGAUGAAGAAGAGCGCUGUUGGAUACUUUUCUGGCGAAAUGGGACUCAAUUCGAGAUCCAUGUCGACAAACAAGAUGUACACGGCACAGCAUUCUAUUCUGCUUGGCGACCCAUGUUACGAGAGGGACUAAAGGAAGGUGAAACAAUGAAGGAUCACCUAGAGAAUCAGUGGAAUCCUUUCUGUGAUCUCAUCAUAUCCCAUUCCAUGGCCACACUGCAAAGACUAGCGCCAGUCGGGCCUUAUUGGAUCACCCUGAGCGACUACUUUCAUACUCCGAGCUAUGACCUGAAACUCGUUACCGACAGAGAGUCCGGUAACGUCUACGGGAAAGUUACGAAUGGCCCGAAAGAACAGGCUGCAUACGGGUUCCAGACUAUAUCCGCUGCGGCGUUCAGAAACAUGCCAAAAGACAUUCCACAUUAUGCGAGCAGCGAUCUGGUGGUCGUUGACAGGGCUGAGAACUGGAAGGUACCUCCACGCAAAGUGCGCACAGUUGACGGUCACGUCUAUUUCUUCAAAGCCUGCGAACGGAGUUCUACUAGUCUCGAAACUGGUGAAGUGACCAAUGCGGCUCUGAACAGCAUAGAAGUCUGCUUGAAAUUGUUCAAAUACUCGCAAGUGUCGCACAGUGCAUGGGCUGCUGAAAGGCCUACAGUGCUAGGUAUUGUUACAGAUACAUCUGCGGCACCCUCUGGAUCUGCAUCGGAGUACCAAGUAGCACCCGAACAUGCAGUACAGGCAUCUCAGCAUGAAGCAGGAAUGACCGAGACUCUAGUGGCUGGCAUUCUGCUCCCGCCAAUUCCCCGCGGUCAGACCUUAGCAGAAGUCACUGAGCAGGUCGAGAGGAUGACACUGGACACGGCCAUCGACCAAAGCCGACUUUGGAAAUCUCAAAUCGAAAAGGAAGUCGCACUGAUGCAUUCCCUGGGUAUUUACUGGGGAGGACGAGAGGAUUGGUUCUAUAUUAACCAACAUACGAUAUUGGUAGAUGCCAAAGGCCAAGCAUCGCUGGACCUAGGGGUGGCCUCCUCAGUUAAUGGUUCGGUGAGCGAAGGAUUGGCCACGAGAGGCUUCGCUAUGGAUACCAAGGCGGUUGACGCUGUAUUCGAGGAGUGGUUACCAACAGAGUUAUCGAACCGAAAGUGA